GUGAGGAGGACACUCAUAGGAAGCCAAAAUUUGGAUGCGACAUUAGCUCUAAGAUUGUAGAGAGAAAAGUUCAUUUAGGCUUUCUAGAUACAAUAUAUGAAACCUUUAUUAGUAUUAAAUAUAAAUUCAAGUGUAAGGACAAGGGGAUAUGAGCAUCAAGUAUGAGCAGUAGGAGGACAAGAAGUCGAGAUGAGGUGCGAUAUUUGCUCUAAGUAUAGAUAGGGAAAGGGAAAAAAUUAGUUUAAACAAUUUUUUAAAGAUUGAUAAAAUUUUAUCAUAAUUUUUUUUUAUUAUACAAUUUUAGCCAAAAAUCUAAGUUAAUAGUAGUCUUGGAUUCUAAGAAAGUAUAGAUCUAAAUGCUCUUAUUUCAUUAGAAAUUUGAAAAUCCUUUAGCAGUGAAAUAUCUUUCACUUUGUGCUCUUUUAAUUUGUUGAUUCUUGAUGAAUUGUAUUUUUAUUUAAUAUAAAAAAUACUUUAGUUUAUGUUGUAUUUAUAUUUUUGUGUUCAAAUCUCUGGAAAAAAAUGAAACUAUAGAAACCUGUAAAAUUUUUGUGGGGUAUGUCAGGUAGGUCGGUCGGUUUGAGACUUGGCCCGACCUGCCACAUUUUAAGUGGUAGGCCAGGUGCUAAGUUGACCGCCCUACCAAAAGUUCAUACGAAAUAAGUGAUAGGUCGGGUCCUAGGUAAACUGACCUAACAAUUUCACAAUAAGAUGGUAGGUUGGCCAGCCUACCAUCUGGCCUACCUCACGAAAAUUUUCUAAAUUUUUACAGUUUCGUUUUUUCCAGUAAUUUGAACAAAAAAAAUAUAGAUUCAAUGUAAUUUGAUGGAUUUUUCUUUUUGUAAAAUAAAUAGUAGCAUGUAGAUCUAAACUCGGAUUAAAAUUUUUUUAAAGAGUAGACAAAUGUAUUUUCCUUAGGCUCUUAGAGUCGAAGACAGGGGUAAAUAUGUAUUAAAAUAAAUUUUUGGCUAAAAUUGUAUAAUGAAAAAAUAGUGAUAAAGAUUGUACAGACAGUUAAGAAAAAUACACGAAGUAUGUGACCAUCACUAGUAUCAAACUAUGAUUUACGAAUAAGGAUAAGAGGGAUACGAAAAGCCAAAAUGAUGACGAAGUGAUUCAAUUAACUCAAAGUUUGUAACAAUAAAAUAACCCACUUAGUUUUAUAAAAAUGUAAGGACGCGAGCAUCAAGUAUGAGGAGAAAGGGGAUUGAAAGCCAAAAUGAGGAGGUCGCAUUAGCUCUUAGGAUAGAAAGCGAAAAUCUUGCAUAACUAGUAAGUAGAAAUAAAAAAGUGAGGACACAUACGAAGCCAAGAUGAAGAUAUGAUAUGAGGUCUAAGGUUGCAAAGAGAAGAGUUCAUUUAGGCUUUCAGGAUUCGAAGUAUGAGACCAUCACUAGUAUCAUACAAAUAUUCAACUAAAAGGACAAAGGGGAUGUAAAGCGAAAUUGAGGAUGAGGACGUUGAAUUAAUUCAAAGGUUGUAAACAGAGAAUAGCCCGUUUAGAUUUUAUAAUAACUUAAUGACGCGAGCAUCAAAUAUAUGGAAAAGGAGGAUUGCAAGUCAAGAUAUGAAGACACAUUAGCUCUAAUGAAGGAAAAGGAAAAUCUUGCACUAGUGGACAAAGGGGCUGGUUUGUGAGAAAUGGCUUGAAUUAUUUAGGCUGAAGGCAUUAAGGUUUGGGCUUGUAUUGUUGGGUGUUCUAUAGCUAGUAAUUUUGUUUUUCUCAAUUGAUUCUUCUUCUUCAAUAAUUCUUUUUCAAAAUUACUAUUCAUCAAUUAAUCAAACUUGAAUCGAUCAUUUUAGUUCUGAGCUAAACUUGAUAAUUUGUUUGACUGUGUCUACAAAGGAGUUAUUAAUCCUUAUAGCUGAAACUUUUGUGGACUAAUGAGUAGUAAAUUACUAGGGCUGGUUAAUAUUAGAUGAGAGUAGCUGGUUUAUAUAUUUGUUGCAAUUAUUUGUGCUAUAAAUCCUUUGGUUGGUUAAUUUACGCCCAAGGUAUAUGGAAUGCCAUUUGUGAUAUUAGUUGUUAUGGUAUGAUUUAUCUUUCAUUUUGAUGGUGAUUUAUGUUAUUGAUUACUAUCUUUCUAUGUUGAAUUGCAAAUUAGUGCUGAUUUAUGUUAAGCUUUUUAGAUUAUGUUCUCCAAGAAGUACUUUUCUCUUUACUCACAUCGGAGUUCUAAUAGUCAGCCUGACUUUUAUAAGGAAAUCAUUGUUUGUUGAUUCUGAUUACAUCUUUUCUUAUUCAUGUCAGCCUGCAGUUUUGUGUGCAACCAAAAUUUUACUAUUUUUUGGGUUGAUUUAUAAUGAUUUGGAGAGAAUAUACAGGGGAAAAUCAUCACAAAGUAGGAAUUGGGGUAUGCAGCUUUAUCUUUUUGACAAGCAACCAUGGAAAAUGAAGGAUAAUAUCUACUCCUUUAGAGUAUGCAACUUUUGUUAUGGUGGUCAGAGAAUGCAAUCUUGGCAUGGGAGGACUACUGGCCCUACAGGGCAUUCCACAAAAGGGCAAUGGACUUUGGAAGAGGUGAAUAUGAUGAGAUAUUGCGGAAGACUCUUCAAUGAUUCAAGGGAAAGAACCGGAAGAAAAUUGUUUGUGUGUUUUUCAGCGGAAUGUUUCAGGGACUGGACAAUUGUGCAGUGCUCACACAUGCAAAAUGUUUCAGGGACUCGAAAAAUGUACAGUGCUUACGCAUGCAGAAUGUUUCAAGGACCGGUCUGUACUGUAGACACAUGGUCUAUAUACGCAUGGUGUGAAAAUGAAAGUUUGUGUGUUUUUCUAUCCCUUGGGGAAUAUUUCAAGGACUGGUCUGUCCGGUACACACAUGGUCUAUAUACGCAUGGUGUGAAAAUGAAAGUUUGUGUGUUUUGCUAUCUCUUGCCUGCAGUUUUGUGUGCAACCAAAAUUUUACUAUUUUUUGGGUUGAUUUAUAAUGAUUUGGAGAGAAUAUACAGGGGAAAAUCAUCACAAAGUAGGAAUUGGGGUAUGCAGCUUUAUCUUUUUGACAAGCAACCUUGGAAAAUGAAGGAUAAUAUCUACUCCUUUAGAGUAUGCAACUUUUGUUAUGGUGGUCAGAGAAUGCAAUCUUGGCAUGGGAGGACUACUGGCCCUACAGGGCAUUCCACAAAAGGGCAAUGGACUUUGGAAGAGGUGAAUAUGAUGAGAUAUUGCGGAAGACUCUUCAAUGAUUCAAGGGAAAGAACCGGAAGAAAAUUGCGGAAUGUUUCAGGGACUGGACAAUUGUGCAGUGCUUACACAUGGUGUGUUUUGCUAUCUCUUGCAAAAUGUUUCAGGGACUCGAAAAAUGUACAGUGCUUACGCAUGGUGUGUUUUGCUAUCUCUUGCGGAAUGUUUCAAGGACCGGUCUGUACUGUACACACAUGGUCUAUAUACGCAUGGUGUGAAAAUGAGAGUUUGUGUGUUUUGCUAUCUCUUGCGGAAUGUUUCAAGGACCGGUCUGUACUGUGCACACAUGGUCUAUAUACGCAUGGUGUGAAAAUGAAAGUUUGUGUGUUUUGCUAUCUCCUGCGGAAUGUUUCAAGGACUGGUCUGUAUGGCACACACAAGAAUGUUUCAAGGACUGGACAGAUGUACAGUGCAUACAUAGGUGGCAGAAAGUCUUUAAUCCAGAACUAAGAUUUCAUAAUAAUUUACUUGAAUGUCAAAUAUAAGGAGGAGGGUAAAGAACCUAGAUGAGGAGACUACAUUAGCUCUAAGGAUGGAAAAGGGAAAAUCUUACUCGAUUGGUGAGUAGAAUACAAGUGUGAGGAGGACACUCAUAGGAAGCCAAAAUUUGGAUGCGACAUUAGCUCUAAGAUUGUGGAGAGAAAAGUUCAUUUAGGCUUUCUAGACACAAAAUAUGAAACCUUUAUUAGUAUUAAAUAUAGAUUCAAGUGUAAGGGCAAGGGAAAAUCUUACUCGAUUGGUAAGUAGAAUACAAGUGUGAGGAGGACACUCAUAGGAAGCCAAA